GCUGGGAGACCCCGGGCAGGUUCCUUUCCUGCGUGAUGGGGACACUUCGGUGCCUUGUGCCAGGAGAUGCCCGAGGCAGGACACCAUCAGCAGACAGCAAGGAGACCUGGGCACGCGCCCUGGACACACCCGUGAGAGGCUGCAACAGCACUUUGGAGACAGGAUCACCUGCAUACAGUCCGUGUUCCAGGACCAUCAGCUCAGUGAGGCUUGGUUUUGGGUUCUCACAGCCUGAGGGGAGCAAGGAAAGCCCAGAGAGUUGGCUGGGCCAGCUCCAUGGCCGAGUCCACCCCAGCCCAGGUCACCUGCUCGGGUUGCUCCAGCCUACUCAGGGUCCCCACUGGACGACUGUGCCCCUGGCCCCCACCCCCUGCCCUCCGUACCCUGUGUGCCCUCAAUGCACAUGGUGUGGGUCCGGCCUUCUGUGCUAUUCUUGCCAAUAGCAUAGCUGAUGGUCAUUCGGCUCUCCUGGACGUGCCCCCGCACCUGCCAGGAAGGGGGUCACACGCCGCUCAUGGGGUCACCCACCACUGCUGGGAAACCCACCUGACAGCCAGAGGCUACCAAAGUGGAUUGAGAGUUGGAGUCUCCUGCUUCAAGGACCAGCCGGGCCUUACCAGAGCUAGAUAAGCCUUGGUGACUUUCCGGUCCUUGAAGCACCUGUAGGCACUGCCUGCGGCUGCCUUGUUCAGGGCCACACAGAGUGCCCCGCUGGUGGAGAAGUCCAGUUGGUGGCAGAACCUGGCGUGGGGCAGAGGAUCAGUGGUGGCUGGGCUGUGGGCCGCUUCCCACCGACGGAGGCUGCUGUGGGUACCUGAACCCGUAGCAGGUGUCAGGGUCGGCCAGCUCUGGGAAACGGUGCUGCAGCUGCUUCUGGAGGGUCAGCGUCUCCCACCAGGCCUUGCUGUCGAUGCGCACAUCCCAGUGCUUGUUCACCACCAGGAAGUCACGGCUCCGGUACACGACACACAGGUUCUCCACGCUGCCUGGCUCCAUGGUGGCUGCAAUGCAGGGCAAGUGCAUGGAGCGGGGUCAUGGGGUGCCCAGCCCACAUCAGGGUCCUGCCCACCUGGCGUGGACACCCCUGCUCCCCAGGGCCCUGGGUCUGAAGCCACCGAGGCUGUGUCAGGCAAGCUUGCAGACCUACUGUGUGCCUGCACUCCCACCUCUGAGUCAAGUAGCAGGGAUCUGGCCAAUAUCAGGGGAGCUAGUGUUGCCCUAGGCUCUGGCUGUGGGGCAGUCCUGCCAGACCCAGGACUGGGGAGCAGUCUUGCCCUCCAGCCCGCUCCCACGGACCCUUCCCGGACGGGCCACGGACGCGCGAUAGGGGCCUUUUCCUGAGUGGGGUGGGGUGCAGGGCAGGGGAUGGGGCUCUCCCUCUCCCACGUAGACGUCCCCUGCCCUGCCUCCCGCGUCUGAUGGGCACAGGCGGAGAGGUGCCCGGCGGACUCCACUGAGAACACUUCCCGCGCCCCUGCCCACUCCGAGAUCGACCUGCAGCUGAGAUGCGUCGUCUGGGCCCCCGAUGCUGCUGCCCGGCCCUGGCUCCUGCCCUCGCGUCUCCCUGCCUCGUGGCCCAGCGGCCCCGGAGCCGCCACUCGAACCACAGAGGUGCGCCUUGCCCGGCCCGGCCCCGGCGCUCAGUCCCGCCCACGUCCCGCCCACAGCACGGACGGGCUGCCGUGCUGACCAAUGGAGAGCGCCCGGGUCCCGCCGCUCCAGCUCCAACGUACAGACUCGGCCCCGCCCGGCCUGCGCGCGCAGCCACGCCCACGCCCCGCCCCUCCCGCUGACAAAUGGCGAGCGCCCAGGUACGGCGGCCGUUGAUUGGCGGCGCCGGGUCGCUUGGGGCUGGAGCUGCGCGCGGGAGGUUCGUAGCCGGCGGCGGGCGGCCAUGGAGGACUACGAGCGGGAGCUGUACGGCGUCGAGGACGACUUCCACAGCCAGUUCGCGGCCGAGCUCGAGGUGCUGGCCGAGCUGGAAGGGACAACCACCGUGUCACCUUCCAGGGACCCCUGGCCCACCGUGGGCCGGCCCCGCCUGACGUUCGAGGAGACCAUUGCUGGAGGGAACGCUGCCACUCACUGCUCUCCAGGCGGACCUCCAAGGAACAGCAAGGGCGGUGCCAGGAAGAGGCAGCUGGCCGCUGACAUCCAUGGGGACAGACCCCUGCCCCCUACCCCCAAAGUCAAACGAUCCAGGCUGGAAGCUGCCAGGAGACUGAACUUCAGGUCCGAUGAGAUGGAAGAGCUGCUGCCUCCUGACUCCCCCACUCAGGACAUCACCCCCCCACCGAGUCCUGAGGUCCCUGCUGAGCUGUGGGGCAAGGGGGCCUCGCCAGCUGCCCGCAAUCCUGUCCUGAGGCGGCCCCCUGUCUUGGAGGACUACAUCAAUGUGACCUCCACGGGCGGCGACCGGGCCUUUCUGGUGCUUCGGGCUGACCCAGUGGGCACUGGGGUCCAGAGCCCUCUUCUUGACAUCCGCUGGCGUGGCCGUGGCCAGCUGGACCUGCUGGGCGUGUCCUUUGCCUCCCUGAAGGAGAAGAUUGACAGCGAGCGGCGGCAGCAACUGCUGGAAGAGGCCCAGCGGCUCUCGGACACACUGUGCAGUCUUAGGUCAGAGGAAGUGGAGGAGGGGCCCCAGCCCUCGGGGGCCCCUGAGGAGGAGCCGGCUGACAGCCAAGAUGCCUCCCAGCAUUGCCUCUGGGUGGAUGAGUUCGCACCCCAACGCUAUACGGAGCUGCUCAGUGACGAUUUCACCAACCGCUGCCUCCUCAAGUGGCUGAAGCUGUGGGACUUGGUGGUGUUUGGCCGAGAGCGGCCCACCCGGAAGCCCAGACCUAGUGUGGAACCGGCCCGUGGUGGCAAGGAGGCCACAGCCUCCAGCAAGUGGAAAAGCCACGGACAGGUGCUAGAGGAGAUGCUGGAGGCUGAGCUGGAUCCAAGCGGGCGGCCCCGGCAGAAGGUGGCGCUGCUGUGUGGGCCCCCAGGGCUGGGCAAGACCACUCUGGCCCACGUGAUUGCACGGCAUGCUGGGUACUCUGUGGUGGAGAUGAACGCGAGUGAUGACCGCAGCCCUGAGGCCUUCCGAACGCGCAUCGAGGCAGCCACGCAGAUGGAGUCGGUGUUGGGCACUGGUGGGAGGCCCAACUGCCUGGUUAUCGAUGAGAUCGACGGGGCCCCCACGGCCGCCAUCAAUGUUCUUCUGAGCGUCUUGGACCGCCAGGGCCCACAGGAGGCAGAUCCAGGGGGCCCCGCUGUGCCCACGGGCGGGGGGCGGCGGCGUCGGGCGGAAGGGGGGAUCCCGAUGAGGCCCAUCAUCUGCAUCUGCAAUGACCAGUUCGCGCCCUCCCUUCGGCAGCUGAAGCAGCAGGCGCUCCUGCUCCACUUCCCGCCCACGCUGCCCUCCAGGCUCACGCAGCGGCUCCAGGAGAUCUCCCUGCGGCGGGGCAUGCGGGCUGACCCUGGCGCGCUGGCGGCCCUCUGCGAGAAGACAGACAACGACAUCCGCGCCUGCAUCAAUGCCCUGCAGUUCCUGCAUGGGCGGGGCCAGCGGGAGCUGAGCGUUCAGGCUGUGCAGACCACACGCAUUGGCCUCAAGGACCAGCGCAAGGGGCUCUUCUCCGUGUGGCAGGAGGUCUUCCAGCUGCCCCAGGCCCAGAGGCGCCGCGUGGGUCAGGACCCAACCCUGACCACCCACACACUCCUGCUCGGUGAUGGGCACAUGGGCUCAGGGCCCCUCGCUGCCAAGGUGCCCCUGACCGCGGCCUCUCAGCGGUUCUACCACAUCUUGCAUGUGGCCGCUUCUGCGGGUGAGCACGAAAAGGUGGUCCAGGGCCUGUUCGACAACUUCUUGCGGCUGAGGCUGCGGGACUCCAGCUUGGCGGCCGUGUGCAUAGCCCUUGACUGGCUGGCCUUCGACGACCUGCUGGGCCGGGCCGCCCACCACGGCCAGAGCUUCCAGCUGCUGCGCUACCUGCCCUUCCUGCCCCCGGCCUUCCACCUGCUCUUUGCUUCCAGCCACGUGCCGAGGAUCACCUUUCCCAGCAGCCAGCAGGAGGUGCGCCCCACGCCCUGCCCAUACCCAGGGUCUAACCCCGGGCCCCUGGGUGACUUGGUCCUCGUCCGCCCUCCACCCCAGGCCCAGAAUCGGAUGAGCCGGACACACAACCUGAUCCAGACGCUGGUGUCGGGCAUCACGCCAGCCACCCGCAGCCGGGCUGCACCGCAGGCGCUCAUCCUGGACACCCUCUGCUUGCUCCUGGACAUCCUCACACCCAAGCUGCGCCCCGUGAGCACACAGCUGUACAGCUCCCGAGAGAAACAGCAGCUGGCCAGCCUCGUGGGCACCAUGCUCGCCUAUAGCCUCACCUACUGCCAGGAGCGCACGCCCGACGGGCAGUAUGUCUACAGGCUGGAGCCGAACGUGGAGGAUGUCUGCCGCUUUCCCGAGCUGCCCACCCGCAAGCCCCUCACCUACCAGGCCAAGCAGCUCAUUGCCCGCGAGAUUGAAGUGGAGAAGAUGCGGCGGGUGGAGGCCUUGGCCCGGGCUAGGGUUGGCCCCCAGGUGGAUGGGGGUCCCCUGGGGGGCACUGGGGAGAAAGGGGCGCAGCCAUCUGCCCCAUGCAGCCACGAGCAGCGGCUGGAGUGCAUCCUGAAGAGAGCUGCCCUGGAGGAGCAGCCUGAGAGGGACUUCUUCGGUCGUGUUGUUGUCAAGAGAGCGGCAGCCCCGAGCACAGAGCACGCAGCCCCUGAGACUGACACGGCCGAGCAGCGCAUGGGCACCGCGGUGGGCAGGAGCGACGUCUGGUUCCGCUUCAAGGAGGGCGUCUCCAAUGCCGUGCGGCGCAGCCUGUACAUCAGGGACCUGCUGUAGCCUGGGCCACGCCAAGCCCCCGGGAUCCAUGCUGCCACCCUGGGCUGUGCUAGAUACUCUGACCCACACUUGACGUCCCCAGGAUCUAUGCUGGACACCGUGGGGGCCGUGCUGGACCCCACCCCCCGUCCAUGCUGGACACUCUGGGGUUGUGCCAGACACCCUGGAUCCACACCGGACACCCUGAAGCCACACCAGACGUCCCCAGAUACACACUGGGUGCCUGGGUGUUGCUUUUUCUCUCCUAGAAAAUGUACAAAAGCAUGUACCUCCUUGAAAACUCUUUAUAAAAGUCACACUUUUA